AUGGGUUCUGAAAAACACAAGAAGGAAAAGAAAGAGAAGAAGGAGAAGAAGGAAAAGAAAGAGAAAAAAGAAAAGAAAGAGAAGAAGGAAAAAAAGGAAAAGAAAGAAUCAGAUGCUGGCAAAAAGAGAUCAAGAAAUGUGAGCAAGGAGAAAGAUAAAAAGAGGGAGGAAUUUUAAAAACCUAAGGCACCAACUAAAGCAAAUGCAGAAUAAUCAAGGGGAUUUCGUUUCGAUUCUCCACCUAAGGAUCCAUUAUAGAACACUCCUUUUUCAAAUUUUAAGAGCAAACUAAUAGAUCAAGUGUCUUUGGGAGAGUUUGAGACCAUACUUCCUGCGAAUCCUCUUUAGAAUCCAUUGGCUUCAUUGGAAGCUCUUUAAGCAAUGACACCAUUAAUUUAGAUGCAAAGAUUACAAUAAUUGAGAGCUUAGGCAGAUGUAAAGGCUGAUAGAAAACUCUAUGUUGGAAAUUUGCCACCAAAUAGUCAACCAAAAGAGGUAGAAAUGGUUAUGGAUAUAUUAAAUUAGCUUUAAGAUUUCUUGAAUUAGACGUUAUUAAAGAUGGGAGUAAGUUCUGAACAUGCAGGUUCUAUUUGCAAUUGCUGGAUAGAUUCGAAUGGUUAGAUUUUGAGAUUAAUUUAUUUAGGACAUUUUGGUUUUAUUGAGUUCAGAUCUCCUGAAGAAGCAACACAAGGUUUUAUAUUGAAGGAUGUGAUUUUUAAAGGGCAUCAAUUGAAAAUUGGUAGACCAAAGUCAUUUUUGACUUCUUUAGCAGCUGUAAACUAAUAAAUGAUGAGUGAAUAAGCAUUUAAUCCUUUGAGUAGCAUGAAAGGAAAUGAUAAGGAUCCAUCUUCACUUAUUAGUUUCAGACCACUUAAGUUGAUGGCCAGAUAUGUGUAAAUACCUACUAAUAUUUUAGUUAUCAAAAAUGUCCUUACUCUUGAAGAUGUUACGAUAGAUGAAGAAUUUAAUGAUAUAAUGGAAGACAUAAGAGAAGAAUGCUCUAAAUUUGGAACUGUGAAAAAUGUGAUCAUUCCAAGACCUGAAUUUGGUAAAAUAAUUGUAGGAGUGGGCAAAAUCUUUGUGGAAUAUGAGAAGACCUAAGAAGCUAGAACUGCCAGAAGAUAUUUGGCAGGUAGAAUGUACGGUGAUAAAACUGUUGAAUGUGAAUAUCUAUCAAGGGAGAAGUGGGCGAAAAGAUAAUUUACAGAUCUUAAUGAAGAUAUCCUUAGGGAUAGAGAAGAACAAUAAAGAUUGGAUCAAUUGGAAUAAGAAAGAAUAAAAAAGUAAAUGCAAGAGGAAAUGCUUCAAGGGAAUUGAUUUAUAUAUACAGACAAAAAUGUUAAUAUUAAGUUUUAUAUAAAU